AUACUCAAAAACCAUCGAUUAGAAAGCUCUCGUCUGGAGAUCUACUUUCAACCAUGGCUCGCGGCAACCAACGUGACAAAGCCCGUGAAAAGAACCUGAAAGCGGCGGCGGGAAAGAAAUCCAAGAACACGGCAUCGGGCUCAGAGCAACAAAAAGCCAAGGAAGACGCAGCAGCCAUAAUGCGCGCCAAACAGGCUGCCGCCGAUGCAAAGAAGUCGGGAGGCACCUAAUGGCUGACUGACCCGGUUCCUUUGGAACCCAAGUCAACGUUAUAUGUUCAAGACGGGAAAGGAGUUUGUUUGGAUCUUUUUGGAUAGGGGAGCUAGGUGUAGAGGCUGCAUUUGCAGAUGCCAGACAGGUCAAUCGAAUAUUUGGUACUCAAUUGCUUGUGAUGUUUGAAACAUUUCCCAUCGCGACUCGGCACCUAGUUUCGUUCACACUUCUCUAUAUGCUAAACACAGAUGUAGAUUGUUUGAACAUUGAUCUUUUUUGAGUCUUUGCAUUCAAGAUUCUAAGUUUAAUUGUACACAACACUACCACAUUGUCACCUGCAUAGAGGCAUGUGGAUUACGGUAUAAUGCUUCAACGCCGGAAAAGAAGUGGCAACAAUAAAAUGGUAUAAAGGGCUCCUUUCGUCAAGAUGCGCAAUUAGCAGCAUCAAACCCGAUCAUCAAAAGAACCAAGAAAACCUCCCCAUCCUACUACGACGCUCGAUAGUGCUACACGG